UGUGAGAACACCAAGCCCCAAUAUUCCACCCUCAUUGUCCCGAUCUGAACCAUAACAUGAUUAGCAUAUUGUGAGUACUGUACUCUAUCCAUUCGGCGCCUGCGCUACUUCCUUAAAGCCGACGUCACACCCCAGCAUGGCGGUCAAGGUGCAAAUGACAAAAAGAGCCGACCCCCAUGAGUUAAAGGCAGUUUUUCUCAAGUAUGCUAGCGCUGUGGAGGAUGGCGAGCAUUACAUGACCCCCAACGACUUUGUGCAGCGUUACCUCGCUCUCCAAACACAGCCCCAACAUAAUCCCAAAACCGUCGACCUGAUCGCCGGAGUGGCUGAUACCACCAAAGAUGGGUUGAUCUCAUUCCAGGAGUUUUUGGCCUUUGAAUCGGUUCUAUGCGCCCCAGACGCCCUGUUCAUUGUUGCCUUCCAGCUCUUUGAUAAAACUGGCACUGGGGACAUUUCUUUUGCAAAUGUACGUGACAUCUUCAGCCAGACGGCAGUCCAUCAUCACAUUCCCUUCAACUGGGACUGCGAGUUCAUCAGGCUACACUUUGGCCAUGACAGAAGCAAGAAGCUCAGCUACACAGAAUUCACCCAGUUUCUACAGGAGCUGCAGCUGGAGCACGCCCGCCAGGCGUUCGCCCAGAAAGACAAAGGGAAAAGUGGCACCAUCACGGCUUUGGACUUCAGCGACAUCAUGGCCACCAUCAGGCAUCACAUGCUGACUCCAUUUGUGGAGGAGAAUCUGGUUUCUGCGGCUGGAGGCAGCACCUCCCACAUGGUGAGCUUCUCCUACUUCAACGCCUUUAACGCCCUGCUCAACAACAUGGAGCUGAUCCGCAAGAUUUACAGCACCCUCGUCAACACACACAAAGACAAGCUGGUAACCAAAGAGGAGUUUGCCCACGCUGCCAAUAAGUUUGGUCAGAUCACUCCAAUGGAAAUCGACAUCCUCUUCCAACUCGCCGGUCUCCACACUCACUCGGGGCGUCUCAAUCACAGUGACAUCGAAAGGAUAGCCCCGCUGGAAGAAGGAGGCAUGCCUUACCGCCUCGCCGAGGCCCAGAGACAGCAUACCCCUGAUUCGUCCCGGCCCAUCUGGCUCCAGGUUGCGGAGUCUGCCUACAGGUUUACUCUGGGCUCAAUUGCUGGAGCCACCGGUGCCACAGCUGUGUAUCCCAUCGACCUGGUCAAGACUCGCAUGCAGAACCAGCGCUCCACGGGCUCCUUGGUGGGCGAGCUCAUGUACAAGAACAGCUUCGACUGUGCCAAGAAAGUACUGCGCUACGAGGGCGUCUUCGGAUUCUACCGAGGUCUCCUCCCGCAGCUCAUCGGCGUGGCCCCGGAGAAAGCCAUCAAACUCACGAUGAAUGAUUUAGUCAGAGACAAGUUCACCCAACAGGAUGGUUCCAUCUCUCUGGCUGCUGAAAUCCUAGCUGGUGGAUGCGCCGGAGGCUCCCAGGUGAUUUUCACCAACCCUCUAGAGAUUGUCAAAAUCCGCCUGCAGGUGGCCGGCGAGAUCACCACGGGCCCCAGGGUCAGCGCCCUCAAUGUCUUACGAGAACUGGGCUUCUUUGGCCUCUACAAGGGUGCUAAAGCGUGCUUCCUGAGGGACAUCCCCUUUUCGGCCAUCUACUUCCCUGCCUACGCACACACCAAACAGAUGCUUGCAGACGACACGGGAAAAGUGGGAGCCCUCCAGCUGCUCACCGCUGGAGCCAUUGCAGGUGUACCGGCAGCAUCGCUGGUGACCCCCGCUGAUGUCAUCAAGACCAGGCUGCAGGUGGCGGCCCGAGCGGGCCAGACCACAUACAACGGAGUCAUCGACUGCUUCAGGAAGAUCCUCAAAGAGGAAGGCUUCACGGCCUUGUGGAAGGGUGCCGGAGCUCGAGUCUUCCGAUCAUCACCGCAGUUCGGAGUCACCCUGGUGACCUACGAACUCCUGCAAAGAUGGUUUAAAGUUGACUUUGGUGGCCACCAGCCGCAGGGAUCGGAGGCCACCCUCGUCCCUAAAUUGGAGGACCUUCCUCCGGUCAGUGCCGACCACGUGGGCGGAUAUCGUCUGGCGGCCGCCACGUUUACCGGCGUGGAGCGAAAGUUCGGCCUUCAUUUGCCCAAGUUUCAAGCUUCCGGCGAGGUGGUCGCCAAAGCGUAAGCACUGUGAGCUGGAAAAAGAAACGUCAUUAGCCGAAGAACUCAGCUAUUCACGUUUUGCUGCAGUUGAGUUGGCGCCACCUGGUGGUAUCUUCUCAUCAAGGAACUGCUGAUGUAAGUUGAGGAGCUUCAUUGCUAAAGAGACCAGAGCCAGGUCAUUUGGAGAUUAAAUUAAUAAAAUGAAACAAUUGUAUUGUCACUACAGGCGCCGUGAAGCACUAUAUUCACUAUAUUGGUUGUUAAAGACAUACAAACACUGCUGAGAUAGCAACAAUUUUUUUUAUAGAUCUUUGAAUCACUGAGUGUUUACAGCAUAGAUGGUCAUCUUAUGUAUGGGGGACAUUCCAGUCUAAAGAGCUGCAAGGAUGUUGGAAAAUAUAGAUUUUGAACAUGUCAAUCAUGCAAAUAUGAGAUGAAGACAAUGAUGCUUACAUUCUAAAGAUGCGAUUGCUUCGGUAACAUGAAAUUAAAGAAACAGUGCAGAGAAAGAAAACAUUUGGCUUGUACAGCCUGUGUGGCAGAUGUUGACAUGCCAGAGAUAAAGACAGGAUUUCAUAUUUAAGGCAUC